UAUUCUAUAAUGUUACCCAUCGUUGUCCACUUUUCGUUUUCUUUUUCUGCAAUGCAAACGAUCAGCAGCUGGAUGGCGCAAUUGCUUUUGUUUUGUGUUUGGACCUAUUAUUUUAUUAUUUAAACAAUGUUUACGUAAUAAACGAGGUAUUAACAAUAAUCUUACACCUUCUUCCAUUCGCUUCGCGAAAGAAUUAGAGAAAAUACUCAAACGGGGAAAAAGUUAUUAAGCUAUUAAAUCUGGAGUAAUUUUGUUCCACUUUUGUGUUGUGACAUUUUGAAAAUGGAAUCACAUGAGAUUAGUAAAGAAAGACGUAGUCCUACGUCAAACGUUCGAACCUUUACAGCAGGUGUAGAAAUCUUAUCGUUGGGAAGUGAGAUGCUAACGUGCAGUGCAGAUAAUUUGAGCUCCAAAAACUUUGCACCGGAAAUGCCCCACAUGCACACGUCAUUAAAAAUAGUAUUAGUAACACAUUUCAGUAAUCUAUAGGUGAGAUUAAUUAAUUGUGUAAUUAAACAAGUUUCAGACUCGUGCUUUCCAAUGUAAACAUGCACCAGAUCAAAGUUAAACCUUGUCAAGAUAGCAGCUUACAGAAAUAAAGUUAAAAUUAGUCAACGGUUGCAUCAGUCGUACACUUCCAUUGCAAUCAUGGGCCAAAUAGUUCCUGUUUGCGUGAUGGUGCUCUGUGCUGUCCUCUAUCACUCGACCUUGGAGGCCAAUGCAUUGCGCUACGAGAUUAUAAUCGAUAGAUUCGAACCAUUUCCAAACACCGAUUCAAGCUUACUAAGCUUCGGAACAUUGCGACUUUCCAGGAAGGCCCGGAACGUGUUCGUUGUCACUGGAGCGUUCGAAUUGUUCAAGAAUGUGGAUAACGACUAUAAGAUCUCAACUGAGCUUUUUUUCGCGCAAUCGACAUCACCUUUGUUCUCGAGCACAUCCGGAGCUUGUGAUACCAUGAGCAGUGAUAACGAAUUGUUGAAUAGAUUACGAAAUGUGUCAAAUUUACCCCCGCCGGGAACAUGUCCGAUAAAAAAGGGCGUUUACCAAAUUGACGAUUAUGUGCUGGAUGAAAAUCAACUUCCAGUGAUGGCUUGGAAAGGAACUUACAAAAUUGUUAUAAAAUAUAUUCACAAUUCGGAAAUUAAGGUUGGUUCAACAUGGCAUUUUUCUAUAGUGUGAAGGAGUAAAUGAUUCAAUAUAUUGGACGGAGUAUCCAGGAGGUCCGAAUCAGAAUGUAAAAUCGAAACAACUUUAUUCACUAAAUAUUUCUAUUUGCGUAGGAAAAAAACAUAUCUAAAAAAGCUAUUUGUUGAGACGAAACAUCGGAAUGGACUUUUGUUGGCGAUUGAGUUGAAUAGAAUCACACAACAAUCCGUUUAUAUUGCACAGAAGCUGACAACCCGAAUAAAUCGGAACCAUUUCUUUACGUCCACAGGAAUGGAAUUUCUAAAAUAAAUUAUUCUCUUAUUGUUUAGAAAACGAUAAAUCGACGUUUCCGAUAAUCUUAUUGACCAUUUCCCAUAUGGUCAGACCUGAUUUUACGAUAUACCGAAAACGAUGAAAGAAAUGGUUCUAGCAUUAUUCUCACUCAGUGAACAUCCCCACAGUUUCAAUACCACAGUAUUGUUUGUAUAGUUGUAAUUGUUUUUGGUUUGAAUCCAUCUAACGCGUAGUUUGAGUUAUGUGUGGCGGUACGGCAAUGUCGUGACGAAAGGUGGGAAAAGCCGUACGGCCACCGCAGACGAGCUGGGAAAAUUAGCAUUACAUUUACUAUUUUGACCUUUAUGGGGCAGCUGGGAGACAGCGUAUGCUAGAAGCAUAGGUCGGGGAAACGCUUUUAAGAGCAAUUGUAAGGACCUAUUAUUUUGUAUGCACGUAUGUGCCAAUUAUGAAUGCAUACUCUAGAACUACAUAAUUUGGCUUACGUUUGAGAAACAGUUGAUUGAGAA